CGAAUCGUUUAAAACAGUUUUGCAUUGUAUUUCGUCUCAAGUCGACGCAAUUGUUUAUUAUAGCUGGUGCGGCGAUAUUAACGCUGCUAAUAACGGUGCUAUGCAUUGGCUUUACCAUGCGCUACGAGGUGGAGAACGAGGUGGCCAGCAUGGGCGAUGUGGAUUACUGGAAGGAUGCGGUGUCCGCAGCGCAAAAGAUUUGGUAUGACAAAGGCAUUGAGGAGCUGCAGCGUGCGAUGAGAGUUUAUACGGCACAGCGGGAGCCGCAGCAUGUGCACAUAUUGUUGGUGCAUGGAGUGGAUGCGCCUAUGCUGGCCAAGGCGCGCUUUGAGGCAGCUGAGCAUGCAAAUUUUGUGUGGGAUCAAUUUCCGCAUACAGCGCGACUGAAGAAUAGCUGCAGCUAUAGCAAACCCUGUGAUGCAACGCAGGUGUUCAAAGCGCUGUGGACUGGGCUGCCGUUGGAGGCAGUGCAGCAACAGGAGCAGCAGCAGCGCUGUGGCAAUCAGACUGACGUGUGGCAACUGCAGAGCAUCCUGCGGCAGGCGCAAUUAGCAGGCAUGCGCACAGGAUUUAUAACCAAUCAACGUAUAACAGGCGCCACAGCUGCAGCGCUUUAUGCGCAAUCGAAUUGGGAAUGCGAUGGACUUAUGCCUAUUGCAGCUAUCGAAGCUGGCUGCGCUGAUGUAGCACAGCAGCUCCUCACAUCAGCGACUGCUCAAGCUUUAAAUGUUAUCAUGGGCGGUGGACGUCAACUGCUCAGCGCCAAUGUGCCCAAGCUGCCUGCAGAUCCGCUAAACGAGCUGCUAUGCCGCGCCAGGCCCGGACGUAAUUUGCUGCGUGACUGGCGCAAUCAAAAGCUUAAGCUGCAGCCAGGCAGUCGCUUUGAGCUAGUGCAGCAAGCCAGCGAGCUGGCUGCGCUGAAUACCAGCAGCUUAAACUAUCUGCUUGGCGUAUUUGCCAAUGGCGACUUGAGCCGCAAUCGCGCGGCGCCGUCACUCAAUUUAAUGCUCAACAAAACGCUGCAGCUGCUGCAGCGUCCAGCUGUGCCACAUUUGCUUAUAGCGGAGCAUUAUAUAAAGCAGGAAGCGGCUGCACUGCAGCAGCUCAGGCAGUUGAAUCAAACUGUAGCUGAGCUGUUGUUGCAACGAGAUACGCUUACUCUAGUGCUGUUCACACAUGGCGACUAUAAGCGCAGCAAUCGCGAAGUAAGCGAGGAAACGGAGCUGGUUAGCACAUUGGAGCAAGCUUUUGAUGAAUCCGAGUUGCAGUUGCAGCUGCGUAUGCAGCAAAUGCCUUCGGAGAGUUUGCUGUUUGCCAAGGGUCCUAAAUCCUUGUUGUUCUAUGGCGUGCAUGAGGAAACUUAUUUGGCUCAAGCUUUGGCUUAUGCUAUGCGCAUAAAUCGAUAUGAUCAUAAUUAUAAUAAUUAAAUAA